GCGGUGGGACGCUGCCCGGCGCUGGGCUGGCGAGGGCCGCCGACGCGGGGCGCGGGCUCCGGCGGCCGCGGAUGGGAGGCGGCGGCCACCAUGGGGAACAAGCAGACCAUCUUCACCGAAGAGCAGCUGGACAACUACCAGGACUGCACCUUCUUCAACAAGAAGGACAUCCUCAAGCUGCACGCACGGUUUUAUGAGCUGGCCCCCAACCUCGUGCCGAUGGAUUACAGGAAGAGCCCCAUUGUCCAUGUGCCUAUGAGCCUCAUCAUCCAGAUGCCGGAGCUCCGGGAGAAUCCCUUCAAGGAGCGGAUCGUGGAGGCAUUUUCUGAGGAGGGUGAUGGGAACCUCACCUUCAAUGACUUCGUGGACAUGUUUUCUGUGCUCUGCGAGUCGGCUCCGCGCGAGCUCAAGGCUAACUACGCCUUCAAGAUCUACGACUUUAACACUGACAACUUCAUCUGUAAGGAGGACCUGGAGCUAACACUGGCCCGGCUCACCAAGUCGGAGCUGGACGAGGACGAGGUGGUGCUCGUGUGCGACAAGGUCAUUGAGGAGGCUGACCUGGAUGGUGAUGGCAAGCUGGGCUUCGCUGACUUUGAGGACAUGAUCGCAAAGGCUCCUGACUUCCUCAGCACUUUCCACAUCCGGAUCUGAGGACAUUGCUGAGGCUGCAGGGGCCCAGAAGGGCAUCGUCCAACCCUGCUUGCUCCAUUCCUGGAAACCCACCAUCCAGCCCUGCUGUC